GUCAAAUGUACACAAAUGUUGAUUUUUUGUGGAAAACUGCAUCGUAUUUCCGAUAAAUAAAUAAAAGAUGCUGUAAUAAAACAAAUAUGGACGAACCUAAGAAUGAAACUUUGGAUCUAUCGAGGCGUGGGUUGAAGAAAAUAGAGAAAGCGCCUGCAGACGAAUCUAAGACGGUUAUUAAUUUAAUCCUCGAUCAGAAUGAGCUGCAGAGACUGGACAAUAUCGAGACAUACAGCCGUGUUGAGAAUGUCUCAAUUUGCAACAAUUUCUUGCUCCGUAUGCAUGGAGUAUCCCGCCUGACGAAUAUACGAAUACUUGCUUUAAACAAUAAUGGAAUUCUCCAAAUAGAGGGACUAAAAGAUCUGAUAUACCUAAAAGUACUAAAAUUAGCUGGUAACAAUAUAAAGUCAAUAGAACACCUGAACAACAACAUUCAUCUAGAAUACUUGGAUCUUUCAAAUAACCAAAUUUCUUUCAUUGCUGAUAUUUCUUAUUUGAAAAACUUAAAACACCUAAGCCUAGAGCGCAACAGGAUAACCGACCUCCGCCAGUGCGACCGUUACCUGCCUCCACACUUAGAACAUCUAGGGCUGGCACACAACAACAUCCCCGACCUGAACGAAAUCAGCCAUCUCGUGCACCUGACGAAGCUGGACAGCUUCUCAGUGCAAGGCAACCCGUGCGUGGCUAUGGCUGGGAAGGACAAACUAGGUUUCGACUACCGUCCGUUCGUCCUGAAUUGGAUACUCAGCGUAAAAAGCAUCGAUGGCUUCGUCGUCAGCGCGAUAGAGAGCCUAAAAGCAGAAUGGCUGUACAGUCAAGGCAAGGGCCGCCAUUUCCACGCCGGCCAGCACCAAGAGUUAUGCGAGUACCUGGCCUCCACCUGCCCUCUCACGGCCGACGCACUCGAGACCGAGGACCAGAGGAAACUGCGCCUUAUUCUCAGCAAGGCUCAACAUCAUCAACAGCAGCUAAAAGACCAAAACCACAGUCCUUUGAAAACUAAGUUACAAUCUCCGAGAGUUCAAUCCCGUAUAUCCUCCCGGCACAUGGGCCGUUCACCGGAUCGGCUGACGUCGAGUUUCCACGCCGCGUUGCCUAAGUCCGCUUCGCCGCAGCUGAUGUCAGCUUCAUACUCCGGAGACAUCCCUAUACCAUCAGCUAUGAGCCAGAGCUUCGACUCGCCUGGCUUGAUGUAUGGGGGAGAGAAGAGGGACAAUGGCAAAGAGAAGGAGAAGGCACCAGAACUACCGCCAGCGAAACCAGUGAAUCAUUCCCUAGAAGCAGCAUCCAAGAUGGUUCCCGUGCCCGAAUCGCUCAUGAGUCCCGACUACCAGGACCCAAUCUACGACAUCCAAAGAUCCAUACCAAAGCCGACCAACCACUCCGUCAAUAGCAUCUCUAACACAUCGUCUCAAUCAAGUAACAGCAGCAUACAAGAAGAGAAACCGCAUAGACAGAUCGUUCAGCCGAAUAAGAACAUAAAAGGAUCCCCAAAGCUGCCCAAAAGUGCGACUUCUAGCCCGAAGUUAAAGUCCAAAAUCGAGCGGAAGGGGAGUUUGUCUAAAGGUGACAUAAAAACCGAAGAGAAAAAGCUGAACGGCAUGACGAAACAAGAGAGCGGGGACCAGAUAGACCCAGACAAGUUGGAAAUCAUCAAACUAGCGUCCAACCAGAGACGACAGAAGAAGAUGAGUGCAGAAUGCAUGGCCGCCGUCACCAUCCAGAAGAUGUGGCGUGGAUACCGCAGCAGGAACCUUAACAAGGACACACUGAGGAUCCUGCAUGCCAUCCAGGCUGCUAGAGCGAGACAGCAUAUACAAAGGUUAACGUGCGACAUGGAGGCAACUAAGGCAGCCCUCGAAAGCGAGCGCAAGAUUCAGCAGCUACAGAUGCAAGCCAUCAACGCGCUGUGGAAGAAAGUUUCAACGUUGCAAGCUGCAGACACUCAAAAAGUCCGGUCGUGCGAUUCAGACGACAGCACCGAAGCGGUGCGGCAGCUGACCGAGACGUGCAGCCGGCUGCAGUCGCAGGUGGCGUCGCUGCAGACGUGCAUGCAGGACAUCCUGCGCUGCGUGGCCUGCGCGCGCGCGCCCGCUGCCACGCAGACUGACGUCACGUGCGUGUGCACGCCGCAGGAGGAACGCGUUUCGUUUCUAAAACGACCGCAGUCGCUGCCGCUGGCGCCAGCCGCGCCCGCGCCCGAGCCCGCUCCUGCGCAUCAACAGGAAACCGAGAAACCAAACGAAAUGGACACUCUUGACAUAGAGCGCACAGAGUCGAUCAUAGAGGAGAAAACCGACAGCUCAGAGGAGCGCGAGCAAGAGGUCAUCGUUGACUGA